CCUGACGAAACAUAUUAAGACGAUGAUGCAGGAUGAACGCUUUGUCGUUAGAUACAUCGCUGUGAAUAACUGUUUCGCCCAUUUGCCGGCAGUUUGGUUGAGGAGACUGUCAAAAACGAAGGCAAACGCGAUAAAGUUGUCGCACAAUGGAGAGGUUUAUUACUUGUCUUGGUUCCCAAGACCGAGUGCAGAUACCAAUGUGUGUUUUAGUGCAAAAUUUGCGCAUUCUUUGGGCAUAACAGAGGGAGAUGAAGUUUUCGUAUCAAGUCUACCUGAUUCUCCAAGUGUGAGCAAUAUCACAGUGACUCCUAAAAAUUCUCAAGAUUGGGAAAUCGUGGAACUGCAAGCUGAUAAAAUACAAUCGACAUUGUUGGAUCAGAUCACUGUAGUUGCGAAAAAUCAGCCUAUUGUAGUUUGGGUGUCCAAGUCACUUUGGGUGAUCCUUACAGUGGACUCGUUGGAGCCCAACUACGUGUACGGGAAAUUAGAACAAUUUACAGAAGUUAUGGUGUCGCCGGUUUCCUCCUCGCGAGGAGAUACGUCUUUAAAAAGUGCGAAAUUAUUAACAAAUUUAGAACCGACGUCCGGAGUAUGGAGUACCAUUAAAAAUUUAUUUCCCUCUAAUAAUGACUCGAAUCAAAGUGUUCCUUGUAACGACGUUCAACCGUCAUUGGACGAGUAUAAAAAGAAGAGAAAAUUCCUGGAUACGUUUCGGGUUAUCAAUUUGCCAAGACUGGACAUUGACGAUUCUCUGUUUAUGCAACCUUAUCACGUCUUUAUUCACGAACGAAAUUUGAUGAACGUUUCAUCUAGCAGAGAAUUUCAAAGUAUGAUUUUUAAAAUGAAAAAGGUCCGGGAGCAUCUUCAGCACGUUAAAGUGACGAACACUAAUUUUUUAAAAGAGGACUCUUCGUCCCUUCCGAAAGAGUCUGUAGAAUUAAUUGUACAAUUUUUCGUCAUCGAGGAUGUUUUGAAAAAAUACUCGAACGAUCUCUCGAGUCAUUUUGAAUUAAAGUCCAUUCACAAGAGUGUUUACGUGUCGGAGGAUUUGUUAAAAAAUUUGAAACUCCGAACAGGCAGUAAAGUGCUCGUCGAAACUGCAGAUUUUCAGGAAACUAAGAUAAACCUUAUCGAGGUCUUUCCUUUCGACGAGAAAAUUACCGAAGAUAGUUUUAGAAAUUACGUGCAGAGAAAUUCGAGGUUCGAGAAAAUUUUGCUCAACUCAAAAACGGCUCUGUCUCUCUAUGGCACUCGCGAUUGUAUUUUAAGAUUUUCGCCCGAAAGUCGCUCUUACGUUUUCCUUGACGAGGACAUUUUGAGAGGAAUUUCCGUAAAAAUUAAUAACGUACAAGAUAAUCCAUAUCAAUCAUCGACCGAACAAAUUGAUGACUUGGGAAGCGGUGAAGAAUUCAUUGUCUCUUCUUUAAGCGGACUUCAAGAUCUCCUUUCAAAAUGCAAAUUCUGCUUAACUCUCUCUUUGGGAUUACAUGAAACAAGGAAUUUUCUUCACGAUAGAGAGAACAUUCUUAUCUAUGGCGACGUGGGGUCGGGGAAAACGACAUUUUGCAAAUCUUUGUUAAGGGUCUUCCGAGAGAAACCCUAUUUUGUGCAUACACAUUUUGUCGACUGUAAGGCACUAAAAGGAAAGAAGGUUGAGAUGAUGCAGAAAAUAAUGUCUUCGGCCAUGUCUGAUUGUUCUUAUCACGAGCCUUCGAUUUUGUUUCUGGAUGGACUCGAAAGUGUGGCGAGCAGUCCUCCAAAUGACGAAGAAAAUACCCCAGACACAAUUAAUGCGGCUCGAAUUGCAGACAUGAUAUUCAGCAUGACUUCGGAGUAUCAAAAGUCGCGCUACAUUUCCUUGAUAGCAACUUGCGUCGAUCCUCGAAAAUUAAGUCAAAGAUUAAGAGCAGCUAAGGGGACACACUUUUUCCAAACUGUCCUGAAAAUACCAAAUUUGAAAAAGGAAGACCGAAUAGAAAUUUUGAAAUCGAUCCUGCGAGGAAAAUUGCACAUUUCCGAGGAGAUCGAGUGGGAUAAUUUUGGAAAUAAGACCGAAGGUUGGGUGACACAAGAUUUAGCAAAUAUGGCAGAGAAAGCAGCAUUUGCAGCUUGGAAACGACAUGUUAAAAAUAAAUUAAUUUCCCCCUUGACGCUCUUGGAAGAAGACAUGGCCAGCAGUUUCCAAAAUUCCCUACCGAUGUCUUUACACGGCGUAAACAUUUAUAAAGGACUUGGUCAUUGUUGGUCGGAUAUUGGCGGAUUAGAGGAAGUAAAGAGAGCCCUCACGGAGAUUUUGCACUGGCCUCUGAAAUAUUCAGAAAUAUUUAAAAAUGCUCCAAUUAAGUACCAAGGAAGUGUUCUAUUAUACGGAAUGCCAGGAACCGGGAAGACGAUGUUAGCUGGAGCAAUCGCCAAAGAGUGUGAACUUAAUUUAAUCAGUGUCAAGGGUCCGGAAUUAUUGUCAAAGUAUAUAGGAGCGAGCGAAGAAGCGGUGAGAGAUAUCUUCGAAAAAGCCCAACGCGCUAAGCCGUGUGUUUUAUUCUUCGACGAAUUUGACAGUCUCGCGCCCAGGCGAGGUCACGAUAGCACAGGUGUGACAGAUAGAGUCGUGAAUCAACUUUUGACACAGUUAGAUGGAGUUGAAGACAGAGAAGGAGUUGCUGUUGUUGCAGCAUCUUCAAGGCCCGAUUUAUUAGAUCCUGCAUUGUUAAGACCUGGAAGAUUAGACAAGGCAUUGUUGUGUCCUUUACCCUCGGAAGCCGAUCGCGAGGAGAUCCUGCGAGCAUUAUGCAAGGAUCAAAACCUUGAUACAAAGGAUUUGGAUUUAAGGACAUUGGCAGAGAUGUCUUCAGGAUUGACAGGAGCAGAUUUAAAGUCAAUGUUGGCCCAAGCCCGACUAACAGCAGUGGAAGAAGUCCUGCAGACUCUUUCUCCGGGAGAGCAAGCGGAUUUAAAGAGGGUAAAAAUCACCCAGGAACAAUUAUGCAACUCGAUGAAAUCGACACGACCAUCUCUGACGACCGAAGAAAAAUUGAGAUACACGAAGAUUUACGCGAGGUUCUCGAAAGGAGACACAUCUACAGAUGACUUCAUGCAGAAUCAACGAUCAACGUUGGCCUGAAGGUAAAUGGCAAGAAUAGGGGUAAUUUUUAUAAAUCAACUUGGACAUUUCUAUGAAUCACUUGAAUUUUAUACAGUGUCUGUUU